AUGGCCGACAUCCAGUUCGAUAGUGCGCUCGACCUCCUUCGACGCCUCAACCCCCGCGAUACAAAAGAGAACCUGCAAGCCAUUACAAAGAUCGUUCCAGACCUCACCGAGGACCUUCUUUCCUCCGUCGACCAGCCUCUCGAGAUCCGCCGGUGCUCAAAGACAAAGCGCGACUACCUGCUCUGCGACUACAACCGCGACGGGGAUAGCUACCGGUCGCCAUGGAGCAAUGAAUUUGAUCCGCCCCUGGAGGACGGGACUGUUCCGAGUGAGCGUGUGAGGAAGCUCGAGGUUGCUGCUAACGAGGCUUUCGAUGUCUACCGCGAGCUGUACUACGAGGGCGGGGUGGGAAGCGUGUACUUCUGGGAUCUGGAUGAUGGGUUUGCGGGUGUGAUUCUGUUGAAGAAGGGAGUUACACCCGGGGCGAAGAGCUCAGGGGAAUGGGACAGCAUCCAUGUCUUUGAGGCCACCGACCGGGCGCGCAUGUCACACUACAAGCUCACGAGCACGGUUAUCCUGCACCUGGCGAACGAGAACGAGGCCCUCGGCGAGAUGGACCUGAGUGGUAACAUGACCCGACAGAUGGAGGUGGAUUUGCCCGUGGAGUCGGAUGCGAGCCAUGUCGCCAACGUGGGUAGACUCGUUGAGGAUAUGGAGUUGAAGAUGCGGAACCUGCUGCAGGAGGUCUACUUUGGAAAAGCCAAGGAUGUCGUCGGUGAACUUCGCAGCCUCGCACCGCUGUCGGAAACCAACAAGGAGAAGGCUGCGCAUCUGGAAAUGAUUCGGUCUAUGCAGCGGUAA